AUUGGUAACUGGUAGUAUGGAAACAUCUGACAGACCCAGCUGAAUUAAGGUUCUUCUAUGCCAUGUGACCUGCAAAUUCAGAGUGAAAAAGAGGCCACGUCACGAAGACUCUGUAUUUCUGAACUGAAAAUUUAAAGAACUGGGAGGGUGAUGCAGGUGUAUGAAGAGUUUGAUGGCUGUUUUUUCAUGUACUGCAAGGAUAGUGAAUCAAACAUAUCAGUCGUCGUCUUAUGCACACAUGAAGACAAGGAAAAAUUGCAAUUGGGGAAGUGCAGUGACUAGUCCAUCUUCCCCCAGGACACACAGAAUCUGCUCUUGGGAACAGACACACAGGAUUUCAGGAUAUGGUCUUUUCACCAUCCUCUUUGGGACCAGGGAUAACACUGUUAUAAUGACCUCACUGAAUAAAAGGAAGCCUGCGACUCAAAAGCUUUCCUGUGCAGCACCGGCAAUCUAGGGAGAGGGCUGGAAACAAGAGGUGCUACAAUGGAUAUCUACAAAAUGUCAAGAUGCUGGCCGUUAUCAGGAGGGAUGAAGCUGGGGAAGAAGAAAUGAGCCGUCAGACUGCUACAGCACUACCUACAGGUACUUCAAAGUGUACGCCAUCACAGAGGGUGCCUGCACUGACUGGCACUACAGCUUCCAAUAAUGACUUGGCUAGUCUCUUUGAGUGUCCUGUGUGUUUUGACUAUGUGCUGCCACCAAUUCUUCAGUGUCAGAGUGGCCAUCUUGUUUGUAGCAACUGUCGCCCCAAACUUACGUGCUGUCCAACUUGCCGAGGCCCGCUGGGCUCCAUUCGUAACCUGGCUAUGGAGAAAGUUGCCAAUUCUGUACUAUUCCCAUGUAAAUAUGCCUCUUCCGGAUGUGAGAUAACUUUGCCACACACAGAAAAAGCAGACCAUGAGGAGCUGUGUGAGUUUAGGCCUUAUUCCUGUCCAUGUCCUGGUGCUUCAUGUAAAUGGCAAGGUUCUCUGGAUGCUGUAAUGCCACAUCUGAUGCAUCAACAUAAGUCAAUUACAACACUUCAGGGAGAAGAUAUAGUGUUCCUUGCUACAGACAUUAAUCUUCCUGGUGCUGUUGACUGGGUUAUGAUGCAGUCUUGUUUUGGCUUUCAUUUCAUGUUAGUAUUGGAGAAACAGGAAAAAUAUGAUGGUCACCAGCAGUUCUUUGCAAUUGUACAGCUGAUAGGAACACGCAAGCAAGCAGAAAACUUUGCUUAUCGACUUGAGUUAAAUGGUCAUAGGCGGCGAUUGACUUGGGAAGCAACUCCUCGAUCUAUUCAUGAGGGAAUUGCAACAGCCAUUAUGAAUAGUGACUGUCUAGUCUUUGACACCAGCAUUGCACAGCUCUUUGCAGAAAAUGGCAAUUUAGGCAUCAAUGUAACUAUAUCUAUGUGUUGAAAUGGCAAUCAAACCUCUUCAGGCCAGUGUUUAAAACCGUUGCAUUUAAUUUAGCAGAAACUAGGGUAACCAUCUUUGACUGUAAGACAAAUUAUUUGGUAGAUGGAGGGUAGACAUAUAUGAAGGUAAAUAAAAGGAAAGGCUGUUAAAUUACAGGAAGCAGUUGCAUGUAGUAACACUAAUAUAUUUAAAAUAAGUCAACAGUAAACCACUGAAAAUAUAUAUACACCCAAAAUGGGCAUCUUUUGUAUUAAGAAUUGAUUCUACAGGAAAUGUUGUAAAAUAAUUCUAAAAACUUGUUUGUAGAUUGAUUGUACUGUUGAAAAGGAUACUGUUUCGUGUUUUUGUUUGUGUUUUUUUUUCCUCCCCCCUUUGACUGACAAGCCAUGUUGAGCGGUCUGGUCUCUGGCCACUGCUUCCCCUCCUCCCCCCCACCCCCCCUUUGUAAGUCACUACAUAGUAUUGCUGCUGUUUGUGUAUAUUUUUUGUGUAUUUGCUAAUUUUUAUUAACUUCUAGUUUUUCAUUAAAUAAAUAUGACUUUCUUUUCUGUAAUUCAGGUUUUUCUCUUUUUUGUAUCUUUUUAAAAUUAAUUACAGGUGUCAUCUUUUGAUAUGCAUAAUUGCUAUGGUAAAACUUAUAUUUCUGUAUGUUUGGUAAAUUUUGUCUCUUUCCAGUAGUCAGUUCAUUGGUGAUACUGUUCUUAAUUGAGCUAUUUUGUGAAUGUACUGAACUUGAAAGGAGUACUUAUGUUCAAAGAUGUACCAGGAAAGAAAGCUCCUUUAAAAACAGGUCUAGAUGUUGUUGUACUUUGAGUUAUCUUCUAACAAAAAUGAACAAUUACUAAGAAUUUUCCAAAUUAAAAAAAUAAUACUUCACAUUUCAAAUUUAGAGAUGCUUAGAAACUUGAUUGCAUCCUUGUAUUUGUUGGUUUUGCAGUACAAAGAAGGUAUUGUCUUACACAGUAUUUGUAAUUAUAAAAACAGAGCAUUUGUUUUUUAAAGAAAAAAAGGCAGUCAGAAUGAGAUGUUUUCAGUCUUUUUAUAUUUGUCAUUAAAAGAAUACCUGGCAAAUUAAAAAAAAAACAACAACUUUUGCUUUUUGCUUUAGCUCAAAGUUUGACACAUUGAUACUCUUGCUCGGUUUCUUGUCUUCACGUCUUUUGGUUGUUACUAAAGUAACUGUCUUGAACUGAUUUUUGUAUAUCAUUUUAGUGACAUGAUACACAUUACAAUGCAGAUGAUCUCUUACAGGUGUGAUUCACCGGCCGUAAAGGCUUUUGAAGGAUAUUGGGCUUUAUGCAGACUGCCUGUAUGUGAAAUAUUUAACCAUGAAUGUAUAUGGUAUUUGUGUUACAAAACAUAGAGACAGAAAAAAGAGUAAGGUGAAAAGCUGUUUCAUCUCAAGCUAUUUGAAAGAAAUCUUUGUCGAACCUCAUAGUAGUGGACAUCUGUUUGGGGAGGUAGUCUGGCUAUUAACUACUUUUGUAACACAUUAAAAUACAGUUUAUUUACUGUG